AUGGCUGAAGCACCCGAAACAUCAGUCGGGGAGAUCAGUCUCACUAUCCACUUGCCUGCGUGCGCAGAGGCCGGCAUCGAUUUCAUCGAAUCGGUCCACUCUCGCUUGGACUCGAUCGGUGACGUCAAAGAGACCUUGGCUGCAACUUCUCAAUUGAACCAGCUUACAAACUACGAUCUCGUAUAUGAGGGUGCCAAAAUCACCGAAUUGUACGACGACCUUACCCCCUUGGAUGAAUUUUUGCCCCAAGAUGCUACCAAAGCUUCUCUCCGAAUGGUGGAGAGACCAUACAACUUGAAAGCUGUGUACGAGCACCUCAUUAGAUUUAGAGAGAACAUUGGAUUGAACUUCUUGGACUUUGCCAACAAGUCUUUUGGUGUUGGUGUAGGUGGCAGUAGACUCAGUUCUUUGGGUUUGAAGAACCUUGAGGCUGAAGAGGAAGAAGCUUCGGUUGAAAAUGAAUCCAAGGCUGAGACUCCAUCCUCAGAAGAGGAGACCGCACAGCAAGAGGAAUUGAUUUCUGAAGAGGAUGCUGCUGUUGUAAAAGAUAAAUUCGCUGCAUUUUUCAAGGAAAGCUCUGCAUCUUCUUCGGGUGCUCUGUCCAUCUUGAGCAAGUGGGCGCUCCCCAUUAGAUCUCUUACUUUGAGUCAGUGGAAUCCUGUUCCUCCCCCUCAAAAGCUCAAGGGUGACUUGUUGUACUUGACCUUGACCACCUUGGAAAAUGAAGCUUUUGCUAUCACUUGUCAUGCCUCUGGUUUCUUCGUCAGUAGAAUUUCUGGAACAAACUUCAACCCUGUUCUCAAGAUCAACGAAAAGGGCGUUUCCCACAAGAACUUUAUUUUGUUCAAAUUGGUUGCUUCGUUGUCUUCCAAAUUCUCUGAAACUCUUACAAACAACAAGGCUGCCUUGAUUGAAGCUUCCCAAUUCCCAGAGUCGUAUCUCAUUCCCUCUCAGGUUGUUACAAACUUCCCAUGGGCAGUCUCCGAAGCGCAAUUGCAGGAACAGACAGUUCCAGACUACUCCCGUAGUCAACUCUCUGCUUUGACAAAUGGCACCGACGGCGCUGACCUUGUGAAAGAUUGGAACGAGGAGUUCCAGGGUCUCAAAGAAUUUCCUCGUGAGUCUUUCUCCGAGAGAUUGAUGAGAGAUAAGCUUCUCAACAAAUACAUUCAAGAGUUCAAUCAAACUGCCACCUCAACUGCUCUCGAAAUCAUCAAGGGGAACUUGUCUCCGCUUAAUCCAAACGAAGAGCUGAAGAAACACAUCUACUUGAGAAAUAACAUUUUCUACAGUUUUGGUGUCAACGCUACUGGCUCUCACGAUUUCACUGGUGGUGAUGAAGCCGCUAGAUACUGUUUUGGUAAGGAUUUGAACUCCAUCAAACUUAUGAACAGAGUUGAUGCUGGCGGUGCAUGCUCCCUUCUUACAUGUGUUGUUGACUACUUGGGCCAACGUGUGGUUUGCCAGGCUCCUGUCCCAGGUAUUUUCAGCGAGCAGGUCGACAAAAGCGGUGAGCCAAUCGAUAAAGUCUCUUACGGAUACUUCCUCGAGAAGGAUGAAAUUAAGGUUGACAAAUCAAUGGAAGAAGCAAUCAAACCAAUUGCCGAGGCUUUCCACUUGAAACCUCACACCUUGAAAUUAGAGACGGGCGCUUCUACUCCAGAGGGUACCAAGUUAAUCGUAUCCAAAGACACCAAAGGAAUUAAGGGUUCUGAUGGAAGAGACUACGUGAUCGAUAUGUACAGAACUGCUCCACUUGAUAUUGCUUUCUUAGAUGCUCACUACGACGAGACCUCAGAAUCCUCUUAUCCUCACAAGGAAGCUUCUAUCAGACAUGAAGCUGUUGAAGAAUGGUACAAGAGAAAGGCUGCUGCUCUUUUCAAAUUGAAGACCGAAGAGUUAGAGAAGGAGGGUGCUCUUGAGAAAGAAGAUGGAGAGGAGAAGCCUCAAAUUGCCAUUCCAUUCGAUGAGAUUGUAUUCAAUCCUGAUUCCUUCUGUGGAGUUGAUGACUCUGAAGAGGACAAGGAGGUUGUCCGGGAAAUUGGUGCUCUUGUCACUGAACACUUGAUUUCUGAGCGUUUGGAAGAUAUUUCGAGAAACAUCGUUCCAGUUGAUGGAACGCAGUUGACCGAAUACUUGCAUAGACAUGGUGUUAAUAUGAGAUAUUUGGGUACGAUCGCCAAAAGGGCUUUGCAAACUGCACAGGAAUUUAAGGACAAGCUUGACAAAGAUGUUGCUGAGAAUGAGAAGAAAACCGCAGACUUCAUUGAACAGCAAAAGAAGAAACAAGCUGAAAAAGAAGCUGAGAAACAAUCCGCCCUGGAAGAGACCGCUGAGACCAAACAGGAUGGUGAAACAAAUGACAAGGAGGAUAAAGUAGAAGAGAAGACUAAUGCAGAAUUAUACCCUGUUGCAGCCAACAUGAAUGUGCUUUACACUUUGGCUGUUCAGGAAAUGAUCGUCAGAUCCGUGAAGCAUGUUUUGAGAAAAGAAGGUGAAGGCGUUCCUUUGCUUUUGAAACCCCAUUUUGUUUCUCACUUCCACAAUUGCUUGUUGGGUGCUGACGUGAACGCUGCCCCUGAGGUUUCUGUGAGCUCUGAUUUGAAGCCACUUUUCACUAACAAGGAAACUCAAUUCACUCAAUUGACAACUCAAAAGGUUAAGGAACUCGUUGAGCAUGAAGUCAAGAUCAGAUUCAGAUACGAAUUGUCUGAAUCUUGGUUGGAGGACUUGAGAAAACCUCAAAUUUUGCGCGAAAUUGCGUUGAAAUUCGGUAUUCAAUGGAAGUCCCAGGAGUACUUCUUCGAGAAAGAAGCAUUUGAGGAAGCACAUGCCUCCGUUACUAAGCCUCAGGAGGAGCCUUCAAUCAAGGGUAAGAAGAAGAAGGUGCAGGCUCAGACACCUGCUAUUGUUGUUCGUACAACCACUUUCGUUCCUGAAGAUAUUGUCUCUUUUGUUCCUGUCGUUAAGGAUUCUUCUUACCGUUGUGCUCUCGUUGAUGAGGUCUUUGAGAGCGCUAGACAACAACUCCAACAGGAGGACAAAGAAAUUGGAUUGAGUCUUUGUACAGAGUUGGUUGGUUUCUACCAACAAAUCUACGGAAGCGUUCAUCUUGAGACAGCUGAAGUUUACAGCGCAUUGGCUCAGUUGUAUGGUGACUGUGGUAUGUUCUCUGAGGCAUGUAUUCUCAGCAGAAAAGCCAUUAUCUUGUACGAGAGAUUGAGGGGUAUUGACAGUUACGAAACUGCUAACGCCUACAUCAAGACAUCUUUGUUCGAGGUUCUCCGCAAGAAUUCAUACAAUGGCUUCUUGUUGAACGCAGAGGCUUUCAACAUUUGGUCCCGUAUCUACGGAAAGGAUCAUCCAAAUGUUCUCAACAUUUUCUCCAACUGCGCUGUUAUGUUGGAUGCAUUCAAAUUUGGAGAUGAAUCGCAGGCAAUCCAAGAGAAGGCGUUGGAAACCUCCAUCAGACUCAACGGUGAGCUUUCAGACAUCACUUGUAUCUUUAGAUUCCGCUGCGCUGUAGGAUUGUACCAGAAAGCGAAGUAUGCAGAGGCAUUGGACCAUUUCACCAUUGCUGCUUCGAAUUUUGCUAAGGUGUUAGGGCCUGAGGACAAACUCACGAAAGAGAGCGUCACAUUUGCUUCAUCCAUUCGUAGAUUCCUUGAGUACACUCAGCAAGAGCAACAAAAAGCCUUGGCUGCCAAAAAGGCUGCCGCUGCUGCUCAAGCCCCCAAAAAGGCUGCCGCUCCAAAGCCAAAAGGUGCUAAACGCGGAAAGAAAAGCAAGAGCGCAGCAAUUGUAAACUCUGACAUCGGAAGCAAAUCCGUGGAAGAGAUAUUGCAGUUUGUUGAGGGCGCUUCAUCCAAAAAGGACAAGAAAAAACAGUGA